ACAGAACGUACCUGGGCGAUGUAGGACGAACCUACGAGUUGGAGGUUCGAAGACCAAGGGAGGACCAUCUGCCUUUUGUAUGCCACCUAAACUUCACCGCCACGGGAGGGAACUAUGGUGACAUCAUACAGUUAACAUUCGACACGUUCACCGUAGGGAAGUUCGUGUCAUUCACCUCGGACGGGUGUCCGGAUGGUCACAUGACUAUCGUAGAGCGGAGUCCGUCACCCCCCAUGGGUCAAUGGUGUGGAUCCGCCUGGGGGUACACUGUGUACUUUAGCGAGUCCGACUCUAUAAAUAUGACGCUAAGGUUGGACAGGCUGAGUCAACAGGGUGUUGGAUACAAUUUCGACUUCAAGUUGGCGUACAAGUUCCUAAGACGGAGCGAGGCGCGGUUGCGGUAUGGUAACGCGACGGUGGGAGCCUGGAGAGGGGAGAGGGUGCCGGGGACGUAUUGUGACCGCAUACUGAGUGACUGCGAUCUCAGAGCUUGCCGUAUCCAAUCGCCCAACUUUCCUGGAGUGUACCCGAGGAACGCGACUUGCACAUACCGCAUCGAGCACACUAAGAUACCAGCAGACAAGCACGUGCUGUUAGCAGUAAGACAAACAAAUAGCCACAAAAUACAUAUCAAAGACCAAAUAGUGAAGUAUGAUAGAAGCCAGCGAGUUUUAAAGAUAUGGGACCAGUGCAAUGUAGUGCAAGACUACUUGACGGUGUGGGACGGGGCCACAAGAGACUCGCCGGUCCUGGUCCGCUUAUGUGGGGGGGAUGCGGUCCCCGAUAUCGUGAGCAGAGGGCCUAAUAUGCUGCUGGAGUUUCACACGUCCCCCUAUGACAACCCCUUUCACCCUGUUCCGCUGAGUUACUUACCGGGAUUUGAGCUGGAAGUCCAGGUGUUGUACGUGGACAAAGAUUCCCACUCGUACGUACGCUCCGACGGCCGCUGUCGGUUUGUGUUGCGGUCGUCCGACAAAACGAGCGGUGUUCUCAGGAAUCCACGGCAUUCGUUGCCACCGAACACGUCUUGUGUGUACUACUUUCAGGGUCGACCAAACGAAAUCGUGUGGGUGUCAUUUGUGAAGUACCACUCGGCGGGAACGGAGCCGGCAGGGUUCGACCAGCAGAAGGACUGCUCGUCUCAGCUCACCAUAUGGGACGGGGCGGCGCCAGAUGCAGACCUGGAUAGAAAGUUGGAGAUGUCUGAUAAAAAGUCGCUGCUAGGAUCGUUUUGCAGAGAAGAAUCACCGCGGUUGUGUGACCACGCCCUUCUGUCAAAUGCCACUAGAGCUACGAGACCCUGCGCGCCUUCUGAAAGUUACAUCACUACUGGGCCAGCACUCACCAUACUACAGGAGCUUCGGCAAGGAUCAGCACUAUACCCUGUUUCGUUCCUUCUGAGGUACGAGUUUGUAGACGUGAGCGAGCAAGGACAACCUCUUGUCGAUUCCCGGUCGGCUUGUGACAGAAUUUUCAAGUCAGCUCAGACGUACUCAGGGAGAUUCCAAGCUCCCAGAGCAAUAUUCUAUUACGGCCGCGGUGGAGCGCAAAAUCUGACUUGCAUUCUAAGGUUUGAAGCUAAACAAGGAGAAAGAGUACAAUUAACCUUUACGAGCACAUACUUCGGAAAUAAACAUUGUAGUACACACAAAGAUUCACGAACCGGGCGGUGGAAAUGUGAUAGGCCCGCUAAAAGAACAAUCGGGGGUGAAGGACUUGCCCAAAUAAUUAUUACCGAGUACCCGUGGGAAGGGGUGCCGAUACAAAGGGAUUGUCUGUGUACAAAUCGAACGGAACCUCUCAAUAUACAUACUUUGACUGCUCCUGUUGUAGAAAUAAACUUUACAGUGACUAUGAUGAACAUUACAGAAGACUACGAUGAUUUUGCUUUCGAAGGUGAAUACAAGUUUGUGCCAACAGGGCCUGGCGAUGAAACCGUGUGCUCUACGGGGUGGGGAAAAAGACAACUUCGAGGAAGCAGUGGGGAAAUCCGUCUCUUUGAUAAGCGACACACAUCUCUGGCUCCAGAAAUCGUUGGCGAUAGAAAUGUCAUAUCUGAAAGUGUUAGAGCCGAAGUAGCGUGCGUUCAUAGACCCUGGCUUAUAGAGCCCGGUGGAGAUGAGGUCACGUCCGUGCAAGGAAGAUACCUGUAUAUUAGAGUUCCAGGGUAUGAGAUGACGCAAACGUCGCCGUUUUGUCCCACACCAAAUAGACUAUUUAUUUACGAGGCACGUGAUACAUCCCGCUACCGCGAAGUAUGUCCCGACAGCCCAAAUUUUAUAGAACUGUUUUCUCCUGGGUGGUUGUCCGCUGAAACUCCUUUGGAAUCAUCGCUGAAGCCCCAUGCUCGAAGUUAUGUCAUUGAUUUUCUGCAACACGAGCAAGCGGAUUAUUCGAUCAAAUGGAUAGAGUUAAUGAAAAAGUCAACGUAUGAACACGAUCCAGAAAAUACAUUCCUUCCUACCUCGGUUGCCCUGGAAUGUCGUUAUAGCUGCCCAGAACUCAACGCCUGCAUACCACUCACACUAUGGUGCGACGGGAGCGCGCACUGCCCAUCAGGAUACGAUGAAGAUGACUCCAACUGCUCCUUUAGGAUAUCCCUCCCGCCCCCUUACGUCGCUGCCGCUGCCGGUGCCGGUCUUCUUAUCUGCGCGGUCUUAGUCGCCAUGUGCGCUUGUCGCCGACGCAGAAGAAAAGACAAAGAGUUCAAAGCGAGGCUCGACGGCGCCCUACCUCCCGAGGAGAGGCCAUACGACCGAGCCAAAACAAACGGCGUCCCAGAAGCGGCGCGGCAGUAUGCCACCGUUCAAAAGUAUGCCACGAUAGAUAAGUACAGCUUAAGCCAGAAGUAUAGCGCUGGCUUGAACGACGCGAGGUAUUACGACGAGGUGGCACAAAGGGAUAAGCUGGCGGAUACAAGGUACGCUAGUUUAGGCCGCGCCGGGCGAGGCAUGCGCGUUGAGAACUCUAGAGGCAACGGCUCGAGAACGGCCAUGCCUGACCUUGGGUACCCCGACCUCAAAGACGGCUUUUGUUGACCCUCUCCAGACCUCUUAGAAACAACUGUUUAGCGACGGGGUCUCAACCCCACCCAAAGAUUUUCGAAUUGUGUUUUGGUGUAACAUUAGAUAAAAGACUGAACUGGCGAAAGUGCCUCCCCAAUGUUUUGGUCUAAUUCUUAGAAUGAAUUGAAGUUUGUAACAUUCAUGUAAUAUUUUAAUGUAAUUUUGUUUUACUAUAAAGAAGACUUCACUAUCAAAUAUGUAGAAAAUGUAAAUAAUAUUGUAACUUUAGGUAAUGAAGAAUUCACCGGUCAUAGUUUUUCUUAUUGAGUCUCACGGUAAAGUUUUUCUCAUCAAUUAACAUAUCUAAUUGUACAUACAACGCUUGACAAUACAAUUUUAAGAAUACAAACUAAAUCAUUUUAACGUAUGUUAGUGAAAUGAAUGGUUAGUGUUCUGGUUAAGAUCAAGUUUAUUAUAAUUAUUAUGUAAAUCAACCCUGGAUUUGUUAAAUCACGCGUGACACUUGUAUUUUAAUGUGAAUUUUCACAUAUUUGUAAAUGUGAAUAAAAUUAACAAUAAGUAAUAUGUAACUAAAAUGAUAGGUAUAAAAUGAAAAUGUGAUAUAGUUGUAAAAACUAUUGAUAAGCGUUCACGCACUGUGUACCAUUAUAACUUUAGAUAAUAAAAUAGUAAAAAUAUUGUUUUCUUUAUGUAUAAAUAUAGCAUAUUGAAAAUUGUAACUAACUUUAGAAAUUGGUUGUAAAUAAAUUAUAGGGUUAAGAUUUUUAAAGUCUGUAAUUAUUUCCAGGUAAAAGGAAGAUUAAAGUCAUUUCUAAAAAUA